GCAGAGGCUGAAGCUAGAGCAGCUCUAUUCUCGCUCCUUUUCUUUCCCUUCGUCGUGUCCACUGCCCCCGAUCCUCUGGAAUCAUGUCCAAGGAUCUCCAUCCAACCGCCGACCCCACGAAGAUGGGGCUCGGUCGCUCCAUCGCCGUGCUGACGUCAGGAGGAGACGCCCAAGGUAUGAACGCUGCUGUGAGAGCCACAGUCCGAGUUGGUCUCUACACCGGCGCCAAAGUCUUCUUUGUUCAUGAGGGCUACCAGGGUCUGGUGGAUGGAGGAGACAACAUCCACCCCGCCACAUGGGAGAGUGUGUCCAUGAUGCUUCAGCUGGGCGGCACUGUCAUCGGCAGCGCCCGCUGCAAGGACUUCCUGACCAGAGAGGGUCGUAUGAAGGCAGCUGGCCACCUGGUGAAGCUUGGCAUCACCAACCUGUGUGUGAUCGGAGGCGACGGCAGUCUGACUGGAGCCAACGAGUUCAGGAAUGAGUGGAGUGGGCUGCUGGGUGACCUCGUCCAAGCUGGUACUAUUACAAACGCAGAAGCCAAGGCAUCGUCCCACCUGAACAUCGUGGGCAUGGUGGGCUCCAUCGACAACGACUUCUGUGGCACCGACAUGACCAUUGGCACUGACUCCGCCCUUCACCGCAUCAUCGAGGUGGUGGACGCCAUCACCACAACCGCACAGAGCCACCAGAGGACGUUCAUCCUGGAAGUGAUGGGCAGACACUGUGGAUACCUAGCCCUGGUGACAGCUCUGUCCUGCGGUGCAGACUGGGUGUUUAUUCCAGAGAUGCCACCAGAUGAGGAUUGGGAGAACCAUCUGUGCAGGAGGCUGGCAGACCAAAGGGCCAGAGGUUCUCGUCUGAAUGUGAUCAUAAUGGCUGAGGGUGCGAUAUCCAGAGAUGGCAUGCCGAUUACAUCUGACCAGAUCAAGAAGCUGGUGACUGAAAGGCUCGGCUUUGAUACCCGCAUCACUGUUCUUGGACACGUGCAGCGAGGAGGAACACCCUCCGCCUUCGACAGAAUCCUGGGCAGCAGGAUGGGUGUGGAGGCGGUGAUGGCGCUGCUGGAGGCCAACCCAGACACUCCUGCCUGUGUCGUCAGCCUGUCGGGGAACCAGGCAGUCAGACUGCCGCUCAUGGAGUGUGUGCAAGUGACCAAAGACGUGACUGCCGCCAUGGCUGAGGGCAGAUUUGAGGAUGCCAUUAAGCUCAGAGGAAAGAGCUUUGAGAACAACUGGAACACGUACAAGCUGCUGGCUCACAUCAACCCACCAGAUGUGAAGAGCAACAUCAACAUGGCCAUCAUGAACGUCGGCGCUCCUUGCGCCGGGAUGAACGCUGCCGUCCGUUCAGCAGUCAGGAUGGGCAUCAUCCAGGGCCACAGCAUGUUGGCUGUCCAUGACGGCUUCGACGGUCUGGCUCAGGGACAGAUCGAGCCGAUUGCCUGGACUUCAGUGACUGGCUGGACUGGAAAAGGAGGCUCAAUGUUGGGCACCAAGAGAACUCUGCCAGGUAAAUUGUUGGAGGGAAUCAGCCAGAAUAUUGCAAAGUUCAACAUCCACGCUUUAGUGAUCAUCGGUGGAUUUGAGGCCUUUGUGGGAGGCCUGGAGCUGGUUCAGGCCAGAGAGAAAUAUGAGGAGUUGUGCAUUCCCAUGGUGGUUAUCCCUGCCACCGUCUCCAACAACAUCCCGGGUUCUGACUUCAGCAUCGGCGCAGACACCGCCCUCAACACCAUCACCGCUACUUGCGACAGAAUCAAGCAGUCUGCAGCCGGGACUAAGCGCCGUGUGUUCAUCAUUGAGACUAUGGGCGGAUACUGCGGCUACUUGGCCACCAUGGCCGGUCUGGCUGCCGGGGCCGAUGCCGCCUACAUAUAUGAGGAGAAAUUCGGCAUUAAAGACCUGGAGGUGAACGUGGACCACCUUUUGCAGAAGAUGAAGACAACAGUAAAGAGAGGUUUGAUUCUCAGGAACGAAAAUGCAAAUGCCAACUACACCACUGACUUCAUCUUCAACCUGUACUCCGAGGAGGGCAAAGGCGUCUUUGACUGUCGUAAGAAUGUCCUCGGACACAUGCAGCAGGGGGGCACUCCAACUCCCUUUGACCGAAACUUUGGCACAAAGAUGGGCGUCAAGACCGUUAUGUGGCUCACUGAGAAACUCAAGGAGUGUUACAGGCACGGUCGCGUCUUUGCCAACACACCAGACUCUGCCUGUGUGCUGGGCAUGAGGAAGAGGGCGCUCCAAUUCCAGCCUCUUUCUGAACUGAAGGGAGACACAGAUCUUGAGCACCGCAUCCCUAAGACACAGUGGUGGUUGAAGAUUCGGCCCAUCAUGAAGAUCCUGGCCAAGUACGACAUCAAACUGGACACAUCCGAACACACAGACAUGGAGCAUGUGAAGAAGAGUCCUCUCGGGAAAUAGACUCAGUCUGCACCCAAGAACAGAGCGGGGCGAUUUCUCUGUUCCAUUACACAAUAUUGUUAUUGUCCCACUACUUGUCUACAUGCCUUGGUAGAAGAGCUGCUGUCUUAUCAUUUCUCAUCAUCGAAGUCAGUUAAAAGGCCCAACUUCCAAAACCUUCAAUGACAUCAAGCAUCCAAUUAAAGAUAUAUUUACAAAAAUGUAA